ACCUCUCCAACACCGAGAUUACAAGCAUGUGCUACCAUGCCCUAUUUUAUACUCAGGUGCUGGGAUCAAACUCAGGGCCUCUUCUAUUUUCCCACCCACCCAACAUCCCUUUGAAUAGUUCUCAUUUUGUUGUUCCAGUGGUCCUACGAGCUAGGGACUGUUGGGAGAGACACCCAUGUUAGGAGGACACAGGCUCAGGAAGCCUACACUUGGCUUGCCCAAAACUGCAUUGGGGGAGAAGGGCAGCUGAGAUGUGAGUGCCUUGCCUUGCUCAGCCUCACUGAUCCCCAGUGUCCAUCCUGGAGCAUCCUGGCAACUCUGAGAUAAGUUCCUCUCUUGCCCAGGUUUCAGGCUUCUGGUUCCCCGGUGCCAGGCUCAACCCUCCUUUCUUCCACCUUGCCAUGGCCAACGUCACUCUGAAGCCCCUCUGUCCACUCUUAGAGGAGAUGAUCCAGCUUCCAAGCCACAGCAACUCUAGCAUCCGCUAUAUUGACCACGUGUCGGUGCUGCUGCACGGGCUGGCUGCGCUGCUGGGUCUGGUGGAGAAUGGACUCAUCCUGUUUGUAGUGGGCUGUCGCAUGCGCCAGACGGUGGUCACCACCUGGGUGCUGCACCUGGCUCUGUCUGAUUUGCUAGCCGCCGCCUCCCUGCCCUUCUUCACCUACUUCCUGGCGGUGGGCCACUCGUGGGAGCUGGGUACCACCUUCUGCAAGUUUCACUCCUCGGUCUUCUUUCUUAACAUGUUUGCCAGCAGCUUCCUGCUCAGCGCCAUCAGCCUGGACCGCUGUCUGCAGGUGGUGCGGCCAGUGUGGGCACAAAACCACCGCACGGUGGCAGUCGCGCACAGAGUCUGCCUGAUGCUCUGGGCUCUGGCGGUGCUCAACACAGUACCCUACUUUGUGUUCAGGGACACCAUCCCGAGGCUGGAUGGCCGCAUCAUGUGCUAUUACAACAUGCUGCUCUUGAACCCAGGGCCCGACCGCGACGCCACGUGCGACUACCGCCAGAAGGCCCUGGCGGUGAGCAAGUUCUUGCUGGCCUUCGUGGUGCCUCUGGCCAUUAUCGCCUUGAGCCACGUGGCCGUGAGCCUGCAACUGCGCCACCGUGGCCGCCAGAGGACAGGUCGCUUCGUGCGCCUGGUGGCGGCCAUCGUGGUGGCCUUCGUGCUGUGCUGGGGGCCCUACCAUGUCUUCAGCUUGCUGGAGGCGCGAGCCCAUGCUGUCACCACGCUACGGCAGCUCGCGUCACGCGGGCUGCCCUUCGUCACCAGCCUGGCUUUCUUCAAUAGCGUGGUCAAUCCACUGCUUUACGUGCUCACCUGUCCGGACAUGAUGCACAAACUGCGGCGCUCGCUGCGUGCGGUGUUUGAAAGCGUGCUGGUGGAGGACAGCGACUUGAGUGGUGGGUCUGGCAGCCGCCGCCGCCGUGCCUCCUCCACUGCCACAACCUCCACCCUCCUGCUGGCUGACCACCUUCCCCGGCUGCAUCCUGCACGUUUGAUCAGCUGGAUGCGGGGUGGUGGUGCAGAGUCCCAGCAGAGGGUCCCAGUGCAGGCCCCAAAGCGAGGCUCACUGAACCACGCGCUGAGCUCCACCUCCGAUUAGACCAGCACAGCCCGGAUGGCAUGCCAACACACCCCUGGUAUCUAGCCACACUCCGUUGAAAAUGUACAUAGCCAAUGCUAGGCCCAGGUCGUAGCUCUCCUGGGCAGAGUCCAGGUAACCAGCUUGAGGAGGAUGACUGAAUCUUCAGGAGCAAAGUGAAUUGAAAGCAGUCUUUCCUAAACACUUUAAUCUUGGAGUAUCAAGCUGGGAGAGGAUCAGCAAAGCGCAGAAGUGGCCUUUGGAGGAGCUACCUGGUUCCUGACCGCUGGCCUCAAGGCUUUCAC